AUGGCCAACCCCUUCGGCAACACUUCUUCGGCCUACAUCCAAACCACCACCGCAUCUAAUCAUAGCAAUGGCUAUCACCAGCGACCCGCUCCACACCCCUUCAGCCCAAGCUCCAGCCGCAGACUCUCUGCCGAUACCUCCUCCCGCUCGCCCUCCCCUGAUCUCUAUCAGCAACAACCUCCUCUUCCUGGAGGCAAGCAUCUCUUCCCAGCCACACCGCCUGCCCCGCGUGGCCCGCAUCAACCGUACCAGCGGGCAGACUCCGUCCGGAGCGCCUCUGAGACCCCCCACCGGAGAACCAAAUCGACUGACUUUGGAGACAUGUACUCAAAACGCCCUGGACUCCCCCAGGAUCUCGUCGCCGAUAUUCACACGACCGUUGCAAGUCCUGCUAAGGAGGCCAAAAAAACCCUCUUCAGUCUCUUCAAAAAGAAAGCCCACCAUCCUUCGUCGUCUCCUACUCCGCCGCCCCCCUCUUCAUCCUCCUCUAACUAUCCGCCUUCCGAAGUCGAUCUGGCCGACUUAACCGGAGUGGCAGGAAUCAAGAACGACCCCAGGAGAGCCAAUUGGCUUCCGUUUUUAAAGUCAACAGGACAGGGAGCAGAAGCUUGGCUUGCGCCCGAGAGCUGGGACAUCCAGCCCUCAUCCUUGCCUCCAAUAGGUCCACUCCAGAAGUCACUUGCACUCACGCCAGAGGAAGUCACCUCCGAUGAAACGGAGCAAAGCGAUUACGAGAGCUGGAGCUACGGGAAGAAGAAGCUGUCGACUGUACGAAUUUUUCGCCAGGAUUCAACGUACACCGUCGUGAACUGUGUCUUCCACAUUACAACAAGCGAGCUGAUUGCUAUGUUGGGCAGGAAGAUCUUCAAACCCGACACGUCCAAGUACCAUCUCUUUAUCCAACGGAACAACAUUGUGCGACCAUUGGCACCCAAUGAAAAGCCACUUAAUAUGUUACGCCGGUGUCUUGCGCAGUUUGGGUACACGGAUCAGGACAAGCUCGACGAGCUUUCAGGAAGAGACAACAGUUUUCUCUGUCGCUUUACAUUUGCGGAGAAUGGGGUCCCACUCUUAACGGAAGCCGAUUUCCCUCCGCACAGCACUUACAUGGAUGUCAACCUUCAGAAACGAUGCUUGCCGACGAUUCCAAUCUUCCUGCACUCGAGGGCCAAGGACAUAGUGCGACUAAAUAUCUCUCACAACCAGCGCAUGGAUUUGCCCCUCGACUUUGUGCAAAACUGCACUGCUCUGCGUGAACUUCGGAUGGCCUACAACGAUCUGGACAGAGUGCCUGCUAACGUACGGUCGAUUGUCCAUCUACAGGUGCUGGAUAUCAGAGGAAACAGGAUACGGGAUCUCGAAAAGGCUCAUCUGACGGACGCGCGGAAGCUCGACACGCUGAUUUUGCAGUGCAACCGGCUGGAAUCUCUUCCAGAGUCCUAUGGCGACUUUGAGAUCCUCCGUGUCGUCAACCUUUCCAGCAACAACUUUUCAAAGUUUCCUAGUGUACUUUGUAGGAUCACGUCGUUGGAGGAACUCGACCUCAGCUUCAACGAUAUCCCCGAGAUUCCCGACGACAUCAGCAGGCUCGUUAAACUGCGGAGACUUUUGCUCUAUGGCAAUCGGAUUGGACCAUUCCUUCCAAAAUCGAUGGAGUCUUUGUCGAAGCUACGAAAGCUGGAUAUUCGACAAAACGGAAUAUUGAAUCUGGAUGCGCUUAACGACAUGAAGUCAUUGGAGGAACUCUUAGUCGACUACAACACAAACGUCGUCGCAAACAACUCCUUCGAGGCCCUGGUCCGAGCGUCUAUUGUCAAGUGCAACAUGACCGAUCUUCAUCUCCGCGGCACUGGCGACACUCUCACUUUCCUGGACGUCUCAUCCAACAAACUUUCCAACUUGACGCCGACACUCUUUGACCAUCUUCGAAGCCUGGAAACACUGAAGCUCGACAACAACAGCAUCAACUCUAUACCCUCGAACAUUGGCUCUCUCAGGCUCUUGCGGACCCUCUCUUUGGCCAACAACAACAUUUCUUCUUUGCCAGACGAGAUUGCCCAGUUGGAGUCUUUGAUCGAAUUAGACGUACACGGCAAUAGUCUUGGCGAGUUACCCUCCUCGAUUUGGUUGUGCUCUCUCUACUCCUUGAACGCGUCGUCCAACUUACUGGGCUCUUUCCCAGACCCUCCAGUUGAGACUCCGGCCCGAUUUGUCAGCGCAUCAGCCUUGUCAGCAUCCUCCUCAGCGGCCACUCUAUGUGAGGCGGAUCUUCAGGGGUCAAUGACGGUGAAACCUAACGGGCCCUCUACUCACCUUGCCAACUCGUUACCACCGGCCCAUUUGAAGCCAUUGCCGGUCCCGCCGAGUCUAUCACAAGGAACUCCAUCUCAUCAUCGAUCAACAUCUGUAUCACCACUUGCUUCGACAUUGCAGAAUUUGCGCUUGGGCGACAAUCGGCUCCCGGACGAUGUUUUCUACCCGCUCUCACAGUUUCUGUCAUUGAAGAUCCUGAACCUCAGUCACAACUUUAUUGCAGACAUCCCUCGAGGAAAGAUCCCAAAUCCAGGCAACCUUCAGGAGCUCUACCUGAGUGGAAACCAGCUCACUACACUUCCAGCAGACGACAUUGAGUCGUUGAAGAACCUCCGCGUGCUUCAUGUCAGUGGAAACAAGCUGACAACAUUACCUGCAGAACUUGGCAAGAUCAACCACCUUCUUGUUCUGGAUGUCGGCUGCAACCAACUGAAGUACAACAUUGCCAAUUGGCCCUAUGAUUGGAACUGGAACUGGAACCUGGAACUCAGGUAUCUCAACAUGUCUGGCAACAAACGGCUUCAAAUCAAAGGACAGGCACAGGAGAUCAUACCAACGAGUACUCGUCCAGGAAACCUCUCCGAGUUUGGCAAUCUUACCAGCCUUCGAAUCCUCGGCUUGAUGGAUGUCACGAUCACAGACAACGUGCCCGACGAUACCGUAGAGAGACGUGUUCGCACGUCGACAUCAACGCUCCACAACAUGUCCUACGGUAUGGCAGACACUCUCGGUGACGGCGACAACCUUUGUAUCUGGGAUCUCGUCCAUCCAAAGUUUCAGACCAAGGAAGACGAGGUCCUGUUUGGGCUGUUUGAUGGAAGGUCGGGCAGAUCCAAGUCCAGUUGCCAAAUGACUAGUUAUCUCAAGGAUCGGUUUGGUGCAUGCUUCAAGAUCGAGCUGGAGGAACUGGAGAACUCGGACACGGUGGUGAGUGCCCUGCGUCGCACGUUUUUAGGGCUCGAUCGGGAACUCUACCCAUUGAGCCAGGAUGAAGAGGGCAGAGGAGGGGCCUCAGCUUUGAUUGCCUACAUCAAGGGCUUCACGCUUUAUUCGGCCAACGUUGGCGACGCUAUUGCCGUUCUCGUCAAGAAGUCUGAUUCGUUCCAGGUGAUUUCCCAGAAGCACAUUCCAUGGAAUCCGACCGAGGCCGCCAGGAUCAAGCGCUCGGGAGGUUUUGUGAGUGAGAAAGGUCUUCUCAAUGACGAACUUGAUAUCUCCCGGUCGUUUGGGCAAUACCACCUGGUGCCUAUCGUCAACUCGAACCCUUACAUCGAGACGACAACCCUGACAGAAGACGAUGAUUUUUUGAUCAUGGCCUCCAAGUCGUUCUGGGAUGUGAUGUCCUACGCAACUGCAGUCGAUAUCGCCAAGGCUGGGAUGAGAGUGUUUGGCGACCCAAUGAUUGCCUCCCAAAAGUUACGCGACAUUGCCAUAUCUUACGGAGCUCAGGAGCACAUGGUUGUCAUGUUGAUCGGUGUUGGGGAUCUCUUCAAGAAGAAGGAGCUGAUUCAAGAAGGCUCGGAGUAUCCUCAACACAAGAAGAGGCCAAAGGCGACGGAAGGCCCUGUCGAUGCUCUAAAAUACCUCAAACCCGAGAUCGAGCCGCCGCAAGGAGACGUCGCCAUGGUGUUCACGAGCGUCAAGAAUUCGACUCAACUUUGGGAGGAUAACCCGGUUUCGAUGGCGGUGGCGACCAAGGAGCACUUCAAUAUCAUGCGACGACAACUUCGUUCGAUUGGAGGCUAUGAAGUCAAGAUUGAAGGCGAAACUAUGAUGGCGUCGUUUUCUAGUGUGCCGGCUGCGGUCCUUUGGUGCAUCAAGGUUCAGGAGUUGUUGGUUCAAGCAGACUGGCCUCAAGAUAUCCUUGACUCUGUCGACUGCAAGUCCAUUCAUAGUGCCGCCGACCCCAGCCAGCUUAUUUACCGCGGUCUGUCUGUCCGAAUGGGAAUCCACUGGGGUCAACCAGUGAGCCACCGAGAUGAGGUGACAAGACGAAUGGAUUACUUUGGCCAGAUGGUCAACCGCUCCGCUCGUAUUUGUGCCUCUGCAGACGGAGGAGAGAUCUGUGUGAGCAGCGAUGUGGUCAAUGUGAUCCAGCACCUGCUCGUGGACCCAUAUCUGGACAGCUCCGACUCACCUUACGCAGAGCACAUCCGGGAGAUGAAAAAGAUGGGUUUUGGCGUGAUCGACAUUGGAGAAAAGAAGCUGAAGGGACUAGAGACCCCUGAGAGCUUGCAUCUUGUUUAUACUCGCAUGUUGGCAGGGCGAUUUGCGGUGGACUCCCUUGCAGUUGCGGCCGUACCUAAUUCAGCAGUGCAACAGGAACUUGUCGAGACCACAAUGGUGCUAGAUGUCGCGUCCAUCCGGCUACUUCAAUCAAUCUGUCUACGCCUCGAACGAUUGGUAUCAGGAGCAGGUCGGGCAACGGAGCAGAUGUUGGCAUUAUUGUCCGUACCCAUCCGUGACAAUGCAGAUCAGGAUGAUCUUGUUCGUAUUGCCGAUAACUGCAUCUCUCGCAUUGAGAAUUGCUUCUCGCAACUCUACAUGGCCAAGUCUGGUCAGUUCGUUCAGGUUUACGAAUCGCUAAGCAAGGCGUUGAGCAACGAUCCCAACUACAUCCUCCAGGCUCUGCAGAUGUACGUCAACAUUGUUGGUGGUCUUGAUACCCCGGCACUCCUGUAA